AUGGACCCAGGGCUGCAGCAAGCACUCAACCCACUGGCCCCUUCUCAAGACCCAGCCAUGCAUGUGCCCGCAGGCUCCGUCACCAGCCACUUGGGAACCACUAGCCGCGGUUAUUUCUGUUUCACCACAGCCUCACUGGCUCUGUGUCUCGUCUUUGCUGUGGCAACCAUUAUGGUGUUGGUAGUUCAGAAGACGGACUCCAUCCCCCACCCGCCAGGCAAAUUCCACCUUAAAGGAGGGAAUUGUUCAGAGGACAUCUCAUGUAUCCUGGAAAGGGCUCCAUUCAAGAAGUCAUGGGCCUACCUCCAAGUGUCAAAGCAUAUAAACAAAACCAAGUUGUCUUGGAACAAAGAUGGCAUUACCCAUGGAGUCAGAUAUCAGGAUGGGAAUCUGGUGAUCCAGUUCCCAGGUUGGUACUUCAUCAUUUGCCAACUGCAAUUUCUUGUGAAAUGCCCAGAACAUUCUGUCGACCUGAAGCUGGAGCUUCUCAUCAACAAAGAUGUCAAAAAACAGACACUGGUGACAGUGUGUGAGUCUGGAGCGCAAACCAAAAACAUAUACCAGAACCUCUCUCAGUUCUUGCUGGAGCACCUCCAGGUCAACGCCACCAUAUCAGUCAAGGUGGAUAAAUUCCAGUAUGUGGAUACAAACACCUUUCCUCUUGAGAAUGUGUUGUCCAUCUUCUUAUACAGUAGUUCAGACUGA